AUGCGGGCCAGGGGUGCAAAACCUCGAAUUCUCAUAAUAGGCGCAGGAUACCGUGGCUAUUCUUAUGCUGAGCCAAUUCACAGUUCUGGCGAAGGCAUUAUCGCCGCAGUAGCUGAGCCAUCUGAAUUCAAGAGGCGAGCAUUCGGCGAAAGAUUUAUCUGGGGGACAGGUAAGCCGCUUGAAGGCCAGGCUUUUUCUAGCUGGGAGGAUUUCAUCAGCUAUGAAGUCAAUCGAAGAGAGUUGGAACGCUUGACAGGGACGGUGACGGACCCAGUGAUAGAUGCAGUAUUUGUAUGCCUAUUGGAUGAACUUCAUGCAACAGUUGUCCAGGCUGUGGCACCACUGGGGCUACAUAUUAUGUGUGAGAAGCCGCUAGCAACGCGGCUGAGUGACCUUCUUUGUAUUUAUGGGACACUCUUGAAAUCAUGGGAGAUGUUGCAGACUGAAGCAAUCUUUGCUGUUGGCUUGGUUUUACGGCAUAGCCGCCCCCAGGUUAUGUUACGGAAGCUUGUUCGAGAGGAUCGAGCGGUUGGUGAUGUUAUCAGUGUUGAACACACUGAAGCAGUUGGCUGGAAGCACUUCGAACAUUGUUACGUCCUUUGGCGCAGAGAAUCCACUAGCGCACCUUCGCUCCUCACAAAGUCGUGCCACGACAUCGAUUUUCUUUUCUGGCUUCUCUGUUCGCCGGCUUCUACAUCCAAUCCCGAACCGCCUCAUCUCCCUUCAAGGGUGACUUCUUCAGGGCGCCUGCACUUCUUCAGGCAAGCCAAUAAGCCCUCCGGUGCCGGUUCAGCCACCAACUGCUUGAGCUGUCCUGUGGAGACAACUUGUCAAUACAGUGCUAAAUCGCUCUAUUUGCAUCAGCACCUUAGGGCAGGCAACCGUGACCGUCCUGUCAAUGCAAUAGUUCCUGAUAUCGAGGAUGUGUUUCAGAAUCAGGGACUCCCUUCUGCAGCGAAGCGCUUAUUGGAAGUUCUAGGUGAGGACUAUGAUGAUAAAACACCAGCAUCUCAGGUGAGCCGGAAAAACUGGUAUGGGCGCUGUGUCUGGGAAUCCGACAACGAUGUGUGUGAUGAUCAAAUGGUCACCAUAGAGUGGGAGGAUGAACUUCUGUCAUUCCCUCAGAAACUGAAGAGUGAAUCCAAACAAUCUUCUUUGUCGUUGAAGCAGCAGUCUUACACAGGCAACCUAGGCACUGAGCCUCAGUACCGCCCUGUAAAAAUCGCCCAGUUCCAUAUGGUCGCUCUCACAGACGCUAUCAGCAGGCGUCGUGGACGUAUAUCAGGUACGACAGGGGAGAUUGUUUACGAUGCAGCCACUAUUCGUGUGAGCGACUUCUGCUCUGGCUCCGAAGUGGUGUAUAAUAUGCCCUCUGCCAAAGGUGGUCACGAUGGGGGCGAUGACGGUCUUGCGUUGUCAUUUGUAAGAGCGGUGGCCAAGGUGAAGAGCGGCGAUAUGGGCGUUUCGGAAGCUCAGAGGACUUUCUUGACCUGUACUGUGGAAGAACUUUUGAGAAGCCAUCUUGCAGUCUUUUGGGUGGAGGAGGCGAGGAUAGGAGGAACAGCCUUGAGGUGGCAGGAGUGGUGGGCCAGAGAGGUGGAGACUAAGCUUAAAGGAAUGGGGCUGGGGGACAUUUUGUCAGCGGGAAUUAGGUAA